GUUAGUUGGCGCCAAGCGCAGUAUCAACUCGACUGGCGCGCUUUACUGACGCUCAAACGUCAAGAAAAUUUGCCGCGCAAAGUGACGAUUGACAUUUUAUUUUUCGAAUUAAUAAAUUAUUUCCAGCUAGUGUGAACAAAAUGGGGAGAUAGAUAAAAUAUAAUUUUUUAAGACGUUUGUUAUUUUUGCAUUUUCGAACUAUUUUCUUUGGUGUAGUGAAAGAAGAGUCACCAUGGCAAAUACAUUAAACAUAGUAUUAUUCACCGCGGCCCUAACAGUGGUAGCAGCGUAUCACCGUCCUGACUUACCACCUGGACCGUACUGCGGUCUGUCGACUAACAACCAGUGUUGCAGAGAUCGGAAGGAUGACUGUUCACAUAGAAUACUUGAUACGCUAUGCUACUGCGAUGAAUUCUGCAACCGCACACGCGCCCAUGACGACUGCUGUCCAGACUAUGAAGAGGUCUGCCUGGGCAUCCAACCAGACCCUGGCUUCCUCAUCCAGCCGUGUGAAUAUCGCAAUCGGCAGUUCUUCCCUGGGGAUAAGAGGACAGACAACUGUAAUACCUGCGAAUGCGUGAUCAUAGACGAACAGAAGAUGACCACAGACUGGAAAUGUGACAGUGACGUUUGUCUCAUCAGCGACGACGUUGUCUUCGGUGUCAACCAGCCCGGUAUGACAUGGCGCGCUUCGAACUAUUCGCAGUUCUUUGGAAAGAAGUUGAAGGACGGAUUAAUUUAUAAAUUAGGUACAUUCCCUCUAAGCCGUGAAACGAAGCGAAUGGGAGCAAUUCGAUACGACAAGAACAUUCCCUACCCUCAGAACUUCGAUGCUCGCAGGCGUUGGCCGAACUUCAUCUCCCCUGUGGUGGACCAGGGCUGGUGUGGAUCUGAUUGGGCUGUGUCAAUUGCCGGUGUUGCUUCUGACAGAUUCGCAAUCCAAUCAAAUGGAGCGGAAGCCCUGGCGCUCAGUCCGCAAACUCUUCUCUCGUGCAAUAUUCGUCAGCAACAAGGCUGUAGAGGAGGCCAUAUUGAUGUCGCUUGGAACUUCGCUAGAGGACACGGGUUGGUAGAUGAGCGUUGCUUCCCAUACAAAGCAGCCGUUGUACGCUGCCCAUUCAAGCCAAGAGGUAAUCUCAUAGAGGAUGGCUGUAGACCUCCAGUGAAGCAGAGGACUUCAAGAUACAAGGUCGGACCUCCCGGCAGGUUGAGCAAGGAAGAGGAUAUUAUGUAUGACAUCAUGGAGUCAGGUCCAGUACAGGCUGUAAUGACGGUGUACCAAGAUUUCUUCCACUAUCGCGAUGGUAUCUAUCGACGAAGCAGACAUGGCGACAAUCGUAUGAACGGUCUUCACAGUGUGAGGAUUAUUGGAUGGGGUGAGGAGAGAGGCGACAAAUAUUGGACGGUAGCCAACAGUUGGGGAACGGAAUGGGGCGAGAACGGCUACUUCCGCAUCGCCAGAGGAGUGGACGAAUCUGAUAUCGAAUCAUUCGUCGUUACCGUUCUGAGUGACGUUACGGAAGCCAACCAGAAGAAAUAACAGAGGAGCCACCUCAUCACUCCCCUGUGCGUAGUCACGAAGACUAUAAAAACCAACAGAGGACUGAUUCUCUUAAAUACGACACGAGAUUUUGGUUAAUGUGAUAUUUUGGAGGUUAUCGUUUUUAUCGGGUGACAUUUAAGUAGCUGUCAAAAAUUUGCUUCAAAAUAACUAUAAUAACGAUUCAAAAUAUUUUUAGAGUUUAAAACUUAUUAAGAUCUUUAAUUGUAGUUCCCAUAUUAAUCUGUAAAGUUGAUACACCUACUAUUCUAUUAAAUUAAUAUUCAAUUGGCUGUUUUGGUGCUAAGCUAAUCUUCAGUGUGACUUGCUUUUUUUAAGUUAUUACUUAGGUACUUAAGAUAGACUAAGAACUGGAAAACUUUGUGACAGCUUCUUAUGACCGAACCAUAUGUCUACGAUAUUAUGCUUAGAUAAUAAUAAAUAGCUAUAAGUUAUGUUAAAAUCGUGGACCACAAGCCUUUAUAAUUCACAAAAAUGACGGAAAUUAUUAACUUACGAAAAGUAGUACCCAAACACCUCAUUGCCAUCAAGAGAUUUUUCUUAGUCAUACUAGUAAGUGGUCUACGUACUACGGUUCUAAAACCCGAUACUUUCUGUCUAUUUAAUGAGCACUGCCUAAAGGCCUAUAAGCAUAGCUUUAAUCUAUCAAUUAAUGGUGCGUAACGUCAGUAUCCUGGAAGCUGUCAAACCGUCAAUUUUUACAUUUAGCGCCUAGACAAGAUAUGUAAUUUGGAGUCCAUUUUAGAAAAUAAUAAUACUUUCAUCUAGCGUAGUGUUUCCUAAAGUACCCACGCCACAUAAUUUCAUUAUUAAGGGCUGAUCGGAAAAUUAUUUAGAAUUUGAAUUUCAGUUUUUAUGUUUUAAAAAUUACUUACUUUGUUUCGUUAACAAUUUCCGAGUAAUUUCUUCCUAAAACCUUUUUAAGUUUAUUAAGUGAACAAUGAAAUUUUUUAAUAUUAAAAAUUACGUUUAAAAACAUAACAAUUUGAGGAAGGCAUAGCCCAUGACACAAAAAGGUUUGGAAACACUGAUCUAACGUUACCGACAGAUUCGCAGAAUUCGAAUUCUCAAUGUCAAGACAUUUUUAAUACGAAAAUAUCUAAAUGGAAUGUUAUCUGAUAAGGCAUUUGAAGACUUCCUUUGAUGUUGCUUUUAUACUAAAAUGAAACCAUCAAAACUAUGUUUACAAUAACAUGUUUAUCUUUAGGACUUCCCUCAAAGUCAAUCAUUAACAUUUGUUUAUUUACAAUGUUAAAAUUGUUCUAAGAAUAAAUCAUGAAAUAGAAAAAGAAAUAUGUUAGCCAAAUACUCUAAAUUUAGGAUACAAAUAAAUUUUGAAUUGAAAUGAUUUUAAUCACUAAAAUUUUGUGACUUGCUUAUAACAUAUUUAUUGAAGACCAUUUUUAUAUGCGCACAUUACUUGUAUAUGUCUAAAAUUGAAACAAAUGCUUUAUAGUAAUUUAUUUAACCAACUGCCAUUUACAAUCUAAUGGUUACAUACUUAAUACUAGUCUUAGUGACAACGUAACAUUAGCCUUAGGAACUAUAUCUCAUAGACAAUAACUAUUUUAUUACACAAUUUAAUGGAAUGCACAGUUUUAUCACAAUAAGGAAAUUUAUAUUUUAUUAAGUUUAAUAAAAAUUUAAAAAUG